GGCGGCUGCCAGUAGCGACAGCCCCGGAUUGUCACUCCGUCCGCCCGCGAGGCACACCACGCUCCCUAAAGUGUGCUGCGCCGCAGUUCGGGUCAAAGGGCGUUUUGGAUUUACUGAUCUAUUCAAAUUAGUUCGUCUAAGGGAACUCUGCGCUGUUUUUUUUCCAUCCCACGAGAGUCUUGAAAGGGGAAUGUGGGCUGAAGCGCAUUAAACUUCCACAAACUGGAUUUAAAUGCCACAGCAUGGCUAGUACGGCUCGAGUUUUAUAUGACUUUACAGCAGAACCUGGAAACAAUGAACUGACAGUAAAGGAAGGAGAGACUGUCACAAUCACUAAUCAGGAAAUUGGUGGUGGAUGGUUGGAAGCUAAAAGCAACAAGGGUGAGGUUGGGCUGGUUCCUGAAGACUAUGUGGAGAUUAUUGUGAGUCCAGCCCCUACUGGAAGUGCUUCAGUAGAUUUAUUAGGAUUUGAUGCAUUUUCCACACCAAGUGAAAGCAAUGCAUUUCCUUCAAAUCAGGUGGAUAUUGUUGUCUCUGUAGCACAUUCAGGUGCUCCAGAAAAUCUGAUUCCUCCGGUAGCAGCCCCUGAUCAGGGAAACUCUACCAAUGAUCCUUGGACAACCUGGAAUGCAGAUGCUUCUGGGCAGUCUGCUGAUAGCUGGGGACUAAAGCCAGAAAAACCAGAACCACCAAAAGUCAAUCCAGCAAAUAACUGGAAAACAACUGAAUAUGGACAUCCACAAGCAUACCAGGGCCCAGGGGCUGCUGAUGAUGAUGAAUGGGAUGAUGACUGGUAUGACAGUAAGCCUUCUGGAGCAAGUGUUGACCCUGAGUCAGGAGAUGCUGGUGGUAUUAAUCGGGGAGCAUCCUCAAUGAAAAUGGCUCUCAACAAACUUCCUGGAUUUUCAAAAUCUGGACCUGAACUAUAUCUUCUGGCAAAACAGUUAACAAAACCAAAAGAAAAAAUAACGAUCUAUGUUGGAGAAGUUGGUCCAUUGUGGUCUUAUCCUGAAUCUCAGCUGGACUGUAUUGUAGCAGACCCUAAAAAGGGUUCUAAAAUGUAUGGUCUUAAAAGCUACAUUGAAUAUCAAGUGACUCCAAGUACAACCAAUAGGCCGGUUAAUCAUCGAUAUAAGCACUUUGAUUGGUUAUAUGAGCGGCUACUGGACAAAUAUGGGUCAGCAGUUCCUAUUCCGUCAUUGCCAGACAAGCAAGUCACAGGACGUUUUGAAGAAGAAUUUAUUAAGAUGCGUAUGGAGAGGCUACAAGGCUGGAUGACUAGGAUGUGCAGACAUCCUGUUAUUUCUAACAGUGAGGUUUUUCAGCUGUUUCUCAGUUACCGUGAUGAGAAGGACUGGAAAACGGGGAAAAGAAAAGCAGAAAAAGAUGAAACUGUUGGAGUUAUGAUAUUUUCUACAAUCGAACCUGAAGCUGUAGACCUGGAUCCAAUUGAAGUGGAACAGAAAUGUGAAUUAUUCAGUCGAUUUACAAAAUCAAUGGAUGAUGGAGUGAAAGAUCUACUUAAUGUGGGCCAAGAACACUGGAAGAGAUGUACUAGUGCCCUUCCUAAAGAAUAUCAGAAGAUUGGAAAAGCACUACAGAAUCUUUCAACAGUCUUUUCAACCAGCGGUUACCAGGGCGAAGCCACAUUAACAGAUGCCUUAACAUAUGCUGGGAAAACAUAUGAGGAAAUAGCAGGUUUAGUUGCUGAACAGCCCAAAAAAGAUCUGCACUUUUUAAUGGAAACCAACAAUGAGUAUAAAGGACUCUUGGGCUGCUUUCCUGAUACAAUUGGAGUCCACAAGGCUGCAAUUGAAAAAGUAAAAGAAGGUGAUAAACUGAUUGCUGCAAAUAAAAUAACCCAGCAAGAGAAGAUGGCCAUGGCUAAACGUUUGAGCACAAUGUCCUAUGCUCUACAAGCGGAGAUGAAUCACUUCCACAGUAAUCGCAUUUAUGACUAUAACAGAGUGAUGCAGCUCUAUUUGGAGCAGCAGGUUAAAUUUUAUGAAAUGAUUGCUGAGAAGCUGAGGCAGGCCCUCGGCCAAUUUACUACUAUGUAGAGAAACAUCCUGCAAUGAGGAAAGAGCCUUGGAGGGAUUUAUUGCUUGUUAUUUCAUCCAUGUGCACAAACAAAUGGUUUCUUCAGUGAUUUAAGAUUAAAUAAGAUUCAUCAAUAAGUUAGAUGUACUGACAUUGUGGCAAUUUCUGAUUGGUUCCUCAUCUUCUAGCAAUCAUUGGAAAGCUUUUGCUUAUAAAUGCUGGUAAAAAACUGUGUACAUUAUACUUAGCAUUAGGCUGUAACACUUUCAACAGAGAAGAUAUUUGAACAUAUUUUUCAUUGGAUUUUUCUAUCAUAAUGUUAUAUCUAUUUUUAAUACAGUGAAUUGCAAGUCAGUAAUGGUAUGCCUUAAUCCAAAAACUCCUGUAUGUGAUAAUUUUCUUACUGAUAUAAAGCAAUUGGUUUUUGAUCUAAUCAUUUAGAUGUUAAAUUUGAAAGAAGAAUUACACUGAAUGCUUAAUAAUAUCAGGAAAAGAUGAGAUCACAUUCUCUGAAUCACUAUUGAUAUAUAUAAAUGCUGCCUGAGUUUUUAAUAUUUUUACAGUAUUUGCAUAAUGCUUAAUAUUUUGUACAAUAGAAAAAGAAAAAAAUGCCUGGAGCUAAAGCUACUAUAUUUUAUCAUUUCAGUGGUAUUUUAAAGGAUUUGCAGUUUCAGAUUCACAAAGUUCAGUAUCAUCCAGGUAAUUUUCUACAUGACAAAGGCUGAACAAAAAUUACAUUUAAACUAUCCACCCAUGUCAACCAAAACUGCUUAUUGAAAGGGUAUAUUAAAAGCAUUUGCUGCCCAUUUCCUGAUUAUUUUAUAAUUUAAGCUGACCUGUGACACUCCCUUUACAUCUAAUAUUUCUGUUUAUGAUUUUUAUGAGACUUCAACCAUGAUAAAAGCUUUAAAUUAUACAGAUUAUCUACCUUAUUAAACAAUUUUCUUUCACAGGAGGGUAUACUUGAAUGUAAAAUCUAUAAACUUUCCUAAUUUUAAAAUUAAAGCAUUAAUCUUAUUUCUAGCAUAUUGCUGUUGUAUUACAAAGGUAAUCAAUACAUGAUCUAUUUAUUAAAUAAUCAAAGUAUACCAAGGCCAUACUUCUUCUUGGAAAAUCAGUGUUGCAUGGACUCCCACAAAGUUACAAUUUUGUUAUGUCUUAAUGUAUAACAUUUAUGGCACACAAAAAGCAAUAAAAUGUAACUGUGCUACACAUUUUGUUAUUAAUCUCUAAAAUUCAAAGUGUCAAGUAUUUUCUGGACAGUCAUCUCAGCUGCAGUAGCUAUUUUUAAAGUAAUUAAAAGUAAUUAGCAUAACACAGAAGUAAUAUUUUGUACUUUUUGGAGUUUUUAAAAUACUCUACCCACAAUAAAAUUUGUUCAGUUAGUACAAUAAGGAAAAGUUUAUUUUAAUUGCCCAUAUCAAGUUGCACUGCCACCUCAUGAGAGAUGGGCAUAAGGUUCCAAAGUGUCCCAUUUUUUAUCUGAUGUAUAAGAUUUGCCCUCCAUUUGCUUGGGGCCUCUAGUUUGAUAGCAAAGACUAUGCAGUCUCUUUUUGUAAACAAGUUUGCUUAAUAGAAUGUUUUUUGUCUUGAUUGAAACAGCUUGCUAAAAGUUUAUCCUUUGAAAAAUGAUUGUAACUGACAUUAGGUGACAGAAAAUCAUAUCUGGUGUUAAAGUGAUUUUUAAACAAGUCUUUAUUAACAGGGGCAUGAAGGAGCAAUAUCUUCACAUAUUACAGAACUUAGAGCUGAAUAAGUUACAUCUGCAUGCAAAAAAGUAACAAAAAAAUUUUUUGUGAGCAGCAUAAGCUAACAAAUUUUUGCACCUCUUUGACUAUACUAUAGCAGGGAAUAUGUGUAUCGUAUUUACUGGCAAGAUGAUCUGACAUUAGUAAAGCAAUAGGAUUUUACCUUCUUGAAGUAUAAAAUACAGUACUCAUAAAUAAUGAAUAAAUAGGUGUCGGGAACAUUCAAGAAAGUAAACUGUGGAAGUAUGAGUGAAAAAUGUGGCAUUUGCUUUUGACGUCAGUCCUGCUUAAAAGAUACGUUUUUUUUUACAUUUGUGGCUUUAACCUAAAGGAACGUGAAAAAUAAAAGCCUGAUUUUACUCUUCAGGAAGUUAAAAUCAGACCCAGCUUAUCAUUCCAUUGCUUAGUAGUGAGGUAUGAAGUGAAGGAAUUCAGUUAUUUUUAAUUAUUUAAUGCAUGUGUCAUGCUGUUGUCUGCAUUGCAUUCUAAAUAUAAAAAAACAUGUUAAUAGUGCAGUUGUAACUAAUGCCGAAUGUCAAAAUGAUUUUCUUGAACAAACAUAUCUUUAGAGGCAACACAAUUUACACCGUGCACAAUAUGGCAUGUUAAAUAAUGCUUAUUUCAGACAAGGAGCUGUAUCUUCUUCUUCUUUCUGUGUUGUCCACAAAGUCGGAAAUUUGGAAAUGGCUGGAUUUUAGUGUUGCAUACAGAGUGUGUCUAAUGUUAGGUAUGUGUCAAAUCUCACAUACAGUAUGACAUUCAUAUUUAUAUUAUUAUUUAUAAUGUCAUGCGAAAAAUGAAGGAAGCCAAAUCAUCUUUAUUCUAAAUUCAAAAAGCUUCCUGUUUUAUAUUCAUUUAUUUUUCUGAUCCAAUGUAAACAGUCUCUGUGGAUAUACUUAUGAACACUACAAUGACGAUUGAACCAGUUCAGGACUAUUUGUUUUUUUAUACUGAUGGGUCUCUCAGGGGAAUGCUGAAACCCAAUUCAAAAAUAUGACUGAUAAACAAAUACAAAUACAGAUCUCUUAUCACCUUUGCCUCUUAUUUCUUUGAUGCUACAUGUAAUGCAAGACUGCAAGAAGUUAAGUACUUAAAAACAAAAUUUCUUGCAUUUUGAAAAAAGUGUAUUUUUAAACUUACACUUGUUGAGUAUUUGUAUAAUGUAUAAUAUUUUACAGCAUAUUUCAUUAUCUUCCAUAUUUAAAUAAUAAAGCAACUGAAUUUCUUACUUCUUUGUUGUUGUAUCUGUUUACUAACACAAUCUUAGCAAAGUUAGGGAAAAUGUAAUAAAUUAUGCCAAAGAUUUAUCUGCCCAAUUCUUUUCUAUAUAUGCAUUCUGUCUAUGUAGUUUACAUGUACUUUGAAAGAUGUGGUCAAAAUAUUUAAUUUUUUUUAUGCUUUUUUUUUUUUUUAGAUAAUAAAAUGUUCUUAUACUUCAGAUUCAUAGGAAAUUACCUUGGGAGGCUUUCUGUAUGCACCAUGCUAUCAUUAAUAUAUGAUCAUUUCAAAGUAUUAGGUAAAUUUAUAUUUUACAUAUGUAUGCAAAUUUUGAUAAGCCUAGAACAUGUUAUAAUUUGGUUAAGGUGUUUAUGUGUUAUUGUGAAGGAAGAACAUUCAUAUAGCUGACCUAUUUAUGAAAAGAAUUAUGUGCUCAAAGAUGAUGAUAUGUGUCUGUCAAUUGAAAAAAGAAAUUAGUAAUGCAGUUAGAAUGAUUUAAUGUUAAAGAGAGAACAACUGUCGUAAUUUAAUAAGUAGCAUUGUGUACAUACAUGUUGUUAAAAACUAUACAUAAAUUAUACAUGCAUAUUGGUAUUUUGUUGGGUGGUCUUCUGCUAAAUAAAAAACCUUACCAACGUGUGGGUGUUGAAUCUAGACAUGGGAGCCUUGGGUCUAGGUUUUCUUAAAUAAAUUCAAGUUAAGCUUAAAA